AUGGACAACAGUGUUUGUCAAGUUUAUGAAGAUGAAAUCCAGGUACUGGAAGAAGAAAUUAAGCUAUUGACUGAAAAGUAUGAAGAUGGCCAACAAGAAUCCACUUUUUAUUCUGAUGAGGAGAUAUUGAUGUCAAAAAAAUUGUUCUGGAGAGAAUUUCAGGGAGAAUCUAAAGGACAUGGAUUUCCAUCAGAUUUGAAAGCUCAACUCGAAAGUCUGGAAAGAGAUCUCUCAUUUUUAAUGAAACUUACCGGUAUUCAGUUCACAGGUCAUUCCAGGAAAACAGUGGAAAAAACUAGAAAUGGAACAGUGCAGAAGCAUAGAUUAUCAGGGAAUUGCCACUCUCUGUCUUUUCAACUGGAAUUCCAGCUUCUUGAAAUGCAGAACAAAGAGAAUGUGUCUGCUGUUAUUACUGAUCUUAGCAUUAUCAUGGAAUCUGGAGAAGAUUUGAAGAUGAAAGAGUUCGUGUUAAG